AAAGUGCUUUCACCAGCCAUCUUUCACUUUGCCGUCGCCAAGCGCUCAAAUCAUGAUCCAAGCGAACAAAGCCACGGUGGUCACGGAGUUUCACAAGCAAAGUUUAGAGGUGCGAAACAUGGAACUGGACUUCUACCUCUUGGUCUUUGAACGGAUCUCCACCAUUUCAGCCCUACUGGCGGGUUUUGCCUCAACAGCCAUUCAGGUUGAGGUUCCGGAAGGAUCUUCCCCCAUUUUGAAGACUUGCUAUCUGCUGUUCGCGGCUACAGCACUGGGAGCGCAUCUGCUGGUGGUGGUGGUGUGUACCAUGUGCACCAUGUGGGGUCCCGGCCAUGCCCUACGUGGCCGCGAUGCCAACUGUGUGGAUCAUGCUGUGGCUGUCUUGGAUGCAGCUCAACGACAGAUGGAGAUGUUCUUCUUCUUGGGUUUGAUUUCCUACUUCCUGAGCUGCAUCUUCCUGGUCUGUUUACUCUUCGAUCUCAAGGGCCGUAUCUUGGUGUGUUCCAUCUUCCUCCUGACCUUGAUCUGGCUCGCCAGGAAGGUGCUUCGCAUAGGGCAGGUCCUAAGGCCCGGAAGGUGGACCAGUGGCCACAUCCACGGCAGCGCCGUGAAGAUUGGCGAAUUGAUGGGAGAUGAUGCGCUCACGGCGGAGCACGGGGUGUCAGCCAGCUUCGCCACGAAUUUCUGAGGCCGCGCGGACCAGCUCUCUGGAGCCUCUCUGGAAGCUUUGCUGAACCCCCUGAAGGAUGAUCGGCUCCACAAUGUCGUCGAAUGGAGGAG